CCAAUCAGGGAAGCCCGUGUUAGCUCGCUCCUCCAACAGUCAUGGUGGGCAUGAGCGUACUACGAUCUGCGGCUGCUUUUACAGCCAGAUUAAAUCCGCUAAAACGACAUCAACUAUCAACAAAUCUACUCUCCAGGACUGUUGCACGUACAGAACAAGUUGCUGUCCGCUAUGGGAGCCAUGGAAAAAGGAUGUUUAUCAUCAAACCCACUGACUUCUAUGACAGAAGAUUUCUUCACUUGCUGAAAUAUUACAUACUUCUCACUGGGAUCCCUGUUGCAGCACUCGUGACCUUUGUUAAUGUUUUUAUUGGAGAGGCCGAGCUGGCGGAAACACCUGAAGGCUAUGAACCAGAACAUUGGGAAUACUAUAAGCAUCCCAUCACUCGUUGGAUUUCCCGUACCUUUUAUGACAGCCCAGUGAAGGACUAUGAGAAAAUGAUGGCACUUAUCCAUAUUGAGACAGGGAAGGCUGAAAUGAGACAAACACAAAUUGAAGUUCGCAAACACAUGAGAGAAAAAGGAGAUGGACCCUGGUUCCACGUCAAAACGCUUGAUAAGAACCUAAUAGACCACAGCCCCAAGUCAUCCCCUGAUAACUAAGAGCAGUCAUGCACACCUGUCAAAAUAUUCAGGCAUUAUACAAUGUAUAAUGCAUUGUUAUUAAUUAAAAUAUCUUUUUCUUUUCUUUGCCUCUGGCACCAAUAAACAAAGUAAAAAUUUA